AUGGUUACAUCAUCGGAGCCAACAAAUCCACUCGAGAUUCAGUUGACAGAGUGGGGAUUGGCCAAUUUCCACCAGCAUUUCGACGUGACAUGGGGCCAUCACCGCGCCCAGAUCAAGGACGGCGGCCAGCUCCUGACGCUCUCACUGGAAAAGGAUUCCGGAGCAGGAUUCCAGUCCAAGAACCAGUACCUCUUCGGCAGAAUCGAUAUGCAGAUCAAGCUGGUCGCCGGCAAUUCUGCUGGCACCGUUACCACAUUUUAUGUAAGUCAUCAUGAUGCAUGUUGA